AUGCAGGUGACCAUGCAGAAUGCAGUUCAGGUGUGGUUUGGAGAUGACCUUCCCUUGAGUCCCAGAAGUCCUCUGACUCCCAGACAUGGGCCAGGUUUGGCAGAUGUGUGCCUGUAUGACCAAUGGAUAUCUGUGCGGCAUGAAGCAACUUUGGUGCCUAUGCGAGAAGAUCUGUCAAUUUGGCUGUCUGGCUUGCUGGGAAUAGAAGUUAAACCAGAACAACUGCUAGAAGAACUUGAUAAUGGGGUACUACUUUGCCAAUUGGUUGGUGUUCUUCAAAACACAAUUAAAAAACACUGUAGCUCAAAUAACUUAAGGAAUUUUCCUAUGAGAAAAGUUCCAUGUAAGAAGGAUGCUCCAUCAGGAUCUUUUUUUGCCAGAGAUAAUACAGCCAACUUUCUUAACUGGUGUAGGGCCAUUGGAGUUGAUGAGACUUAUCUCUUUGAAUCUGAAGGUUUAGUUUUGCACAAGGAUCCAAGACAAGUGUAUCUUUGUCUGUUGGAAAUUGGGCGCAUUGUAUCCAGGUAUGGAGUUGAACCUCCCGUACUUGUAAAACUAGAGGAAGAAAUUGAGCUAGAAGAAACACUGCUGAUGACCUCUGGGCCACCAUCACCUAUUAGCACACCAAAGUCAUGUUGUCACCAUGGGGAGCUACAUGAGGCUGUAAAACAUAUAGCAGAAGAUCCUCCCUGCAGUUGUUCCCAUCGAUUUUCAAUUGAGUACUUAUCAGAGGGACGUUAUAGACUGGGAGAUAAAAUACUCUUCAUACGAAUGCUACAUGGCAAGCAUGUGAUGGUACGUGUUGGUGGAGGCUGGGACACUCUUCAAGGUUUUCUGCUCAAGUAUGAUCCAUGCCGAGUGCUUCAGUUUGCAACCCUGGAACAAAAAAUCCUGGCGUUUCAGAAAGGGGUCACCAGUGACAGUGUGCCCAACUCCCCAGCUAGGAUUCAGGAGCCUCCUGUUAUGAAUCCAAUGUCAGCUGUCGAUAUGUUUCAAAAGCAGCCAUCAAAACCCCAUGCUCCUGUUUUAGCUCACGGGGCCAAUGCCAAGAAGGCUUUAUCUAAACAUCCUCAGUCCCCUGCCCUGGCAUCACCGAGAGUGCCAGUGCCCCCAACUUCUACAGCCAAGUCAUUGACAGUCAGGUCCAAAUUACAAGGAUCUUCAGUGACAGGUGUGCAGUCUCCUUUCAAACCAUUAGCUAGCACCUCAAAGAAACUGGGGUCUCCUGCAUGCAACUCACCAGCUUCUGCUCUUUUGCAGCCUGUAAGCAAAAGUUCAUCGUGUACAGGAGCAAGAACAGCACUUGUUCCCUCCGAAACAUUGCGCAAACGUAUUCGGUCCCCUGAUACUCCCAACGUGAAAUUUGCCUCACCUCGGGGCUCCCCAGCACCAGCACUUCAUCCUGCCCUUUCAUCCACUGAAAAACAGCUGUCUCACUUGUCUGGGACAACUGAAACAAUGGCUUCAAAACAGAAGCAUGUCCCUGCUAAAUACAAACCUGUAUCUGUCACUAAAACCAAAGUGAAUUCAGUUGCUCCGAAGGCUGCUCGGCUGCCUGUUACAAAUCUGCGUGCUGUUGCCAAAUUUGCACAUUCUCAGCAGCUCCUUGCAAAACCUCCUGAAAAUGCUAUUCAGAUCUCAGGAGGUGGGUCUCGGCAUCCUCAGAAAGCUCCACAAACAGGUUCUGACUUGGUAACAAAUUUGAAAAGUGCUUCAGUCCUAAAGCUCUCUGCUUCUGCACCUUCCCUUGCAGUUAGCAAAGAAUCAAAGUCACCACUUUCACUGAUACCUGCAAGCAAAAACAAACAAAGCAAAAAAUCAGCUGUCAGUAAAGAGCCACAUGUCAGUAAACCCCCUCAGGUUGGACCCUCCUUAUCCAAACCCCCUGAACGCACACCCUUGUCUGUUGUACGACUUCCUCAAACUUCAACCAAAGUGGCCGUGACCAAAAAGUCAUCACAGCCUUCUACAAAAGGUCAGCCUUCAACCAAAAACUUGCAAACAAACAAAAGCUUGGCCCCAGCAGCCAAGAAACCUCUCCCUAUGGGGCAGGCAUGUAACAAAGGAACACCUGGUGUGUUAAAAGAUCCUCUUAUGAAGAGUAGGCAAGAUGACCACUAUUUUGUUAUGACAGGGAGUAAAAAACCCAGAAAGUAA